UGUGUGUGUCUGGCGGCUGCUGCUCCUGCUGCUGCUGGCUGCCUCGUUCGUUCGUUCUCGGCGGUUCGGCGCUACAUGUCCUAGUUCCCAGGGACACCCUAAGGCUCCACAACACAGCUUUUCAUGCUUGUCUGGCAGCGGGAAGCCGCCAUGGCUUAAAACACUGCAUUUUCCUGUCUGAAAACCUGUCCCCCUUCCCUCCUUCCCCCCCACCCCUUGCGACCCCCAUCAAUGUGAGAGGAGACAUGAGCCUGCAGAAGCGCCCGCCGGCGGGUUCGGAUCGGGAUCUGCAGUCGUCUGCUGCUUCCUCUGUCAGCCUGCCCUCCGUGAAGAAGGCGCCCAAGAAGCGACGCCUGUCGCUGGCCUCCUUGUUCCGCCGUCGACGUGAUCCCAAGCGGUGUUCCCGGGACCUGGUUGGGGAUGGCGGCGUGGCCAGCGUGGAGAGCAUCCACUCGGAAAUGUGCCACGAGCGGACGUCGGCCUUCUCCGUGCCGGGGGUGGCCUCUGCCUCCUCGGGGACAGCCUCCUCCUCCUCCUCAUCCUCCGCUUCUGCUGCCUCCUCAUCCUCAGGAGAGCUAAUGGAGUGCCCACUGUGCCUGAUGCGCCACUCGCGCGAGUUCUUCCCCGAGAUCAUGACGUGCCCGCACCGCUCCUGCGUAGAUUGCUUGCGCCAGUACCUGCGCAUCGAGAUUUCCGAGAGCCGUGUCAACAUUAGUUGCCCCGAGUGCUCCGAGCGCUUCAACCCUCACGACAUCCGCAUGAUCCUGGCCGACCGCGCGCUCAUGGAGAAGUAUGAGGAGUUCAUGCUACGCCGUUGGCUGGUGGCCGACCCCGACUGCCGCUGGUGCCCCGCCCCCGACUGCGGGUAUGCCGUGAUAGCCUUCGGUUGCGCCAGCUGUCCCAAGAUCAUGUGCGGUCGUGAGGGCUGCGGAACAGAGUUCUGCUACCACUGCAAGCAGCUGUGGCACCCCAACCAGACGUGUGACGCUGCAAGGCAGCAGAGAGCCCAGAGUCUCAGACUGAGGUCCACACGCUCAUCAUCCCUGAGUUACAGCCAGGAGAGCGGAGCACAAGCCGAUGAUAUCAAGCCAUGUCCACGGUGUGCUGCCUACAUCAUCAAAAUGAAUGAUGGGAGCUGCAACCACAUGACCUGUGCCGUGUGUGGCUGUGAGUUCUGCUGGCUCUGCAUGAAGGAGAUCUCUGACCUGCACUAUUUGAGCCCAUCUGGAUGCACCUUCUGGGGGAAGAAGCCUUGGAGCCGCAAGAAGAAAAUCCUGUGGCAGCUGGGGACACUGGUGGGUGCCCCAGUGGGCAUCGCCCUCAUCGCAGGCAUCGCUAUUCCUGCCAUGAUCAUCGGCAUCCCUGUAUACGUGGGGAGAAAGAUCCACAGUCGCUAUGAAGGGAAGGACAUCUCCAAGCACAAGAGGAACUUGGUGAUCGCAGGUGGAGUCACCCUGUCUGUGAUAGUGUCUCCUGUGGUGGCAGCUGUAACAGUAGGCAUCGGGGUGCCCAUCAUGUUGGCCUAUGUGUACGGCGUGGUGCCCAUAUCCCUGUGCCGCAGCGGGGGCUGCGGAGUGUCCGCCGGCAACGGAAAGGGUGUGCGCAUCGAGUUUGACGACGAGAAUGAGAUGAACGCGGGCAGCGGUGCAGCUGCAACAGACACCACAUCUGUGGCCGAAACGCGAAACAACCCCAGCAUCGGUGAGGGUAGCGUCGGUGGCCUGAUGGGGAGCCUCAGUGCAAGUGGGUGCCACAUGGAUCGUGUCGGCACCAUGCGUGACAACCUGAGUGAAACUGCCAGCACGAUGGCUCUGGCAGGCGCCAGCAUCACCGGUAGUCUGUCGGGGAGUGCCAUGGUCAGCUGCUUCAACAGACUGGAGGUGCAGGCAGAUGUUCAGAAGGAACGGCACAGUCUGAGUGGUGAAUCUGGCACUGUGAGCCUGGGGACAAUCAGUGACAAUGCUAGCACCAAGGCUAUGGCGGGCUCCAUCCUCAACUCCUACACACCUCUGGACAGGGAUGGGAACAGCAUGGAGGUGCAGGUGGACAUUGAGUCGAAGCCGAGCAAGCUGCGGCAUCACAGCGGUGGCAGCAGCGUGGACGACGGCAGCACAGCCGGACGGGGCGGGGGCUCUUGUCCCACCGAGGGCAGAGGGAGCUCUACCAAGGUGGCCAAGGAACCAACCUCCUCCUCCUCUGGAAAGAAGGGCAAGGCCAAGCUUCGCAAGAAAGGCGGUACCCAAAUCAACGAGACGCGUGAGGACAUGGAGGCGCAGCUGCUGGAGCGGCGCAGCAACAGCCCCAGCGAGUGUGACUCGCCCUCCCUCAGCGGCAGCCUUCCCUCGGUGGCCGAUUCUCACUGCAGCCACUUCUCUGAGUUCAGUUGCUCUGAGGCUGAGAGCGCCAAGGCCUCCUCCUGCAGCCAUGGCUCCACCGAGGGCCAGGCCCGCCUCUCUGCCGUCAGCCCGCUGCCCGAGGUGGAGAAUGACCGACUGGAGAACUGCCCAUCGCAGGGACCCCUGCCCCCGCCCUCCCCGGCCUGCAGCCCGGCACCUGGGUCGGAACCCACCGCCGAGGAGAAUGUCAACCUCAUCUGUCCAGCUGAGGAGGAGCCCGCGAGAGGCGUGUCUCUAAAGGAGACCAACAACAACCACCCUCAGUUGACGAGUGCCGUGAAGAACGCCUGUAUCCAGACUGAAAUCUAA